AUGAACCCCUUCUAUUUCCAUGCAGUGAAUGUAAUUUUACACUGUCUAGUGACUCUUGUGCUGAUGUACACUUGUGACAAAGCUGUGUUCAAGGACUGUCGACUUGCUUUUGUCACGGCACUGGUCUUUGCUGUGCAUCCCAUUCACACCGAGGCUGUAACAGGUAUAGUAGGCAGAGCGGAUGUCCUAGCCUGCCUACUCUUUCUGUUGGCUUUUCUCUCCUAUAAUAGGAGUGUGGAUCAGCUUUAUGUUGGGGAACAUUUCCCUCCCACUGCCUCCCCAUUCUUUUUGCUGCUUAGUUUAUUCCUUGGGACGUGUGCAAUGCUGGUGAAAGAAACUGGAGUCACUGUGUUUGGUGUGUGCUUGGUUUAUGACUUCUUUUCCCUCUCCUGCAAUGGACUCAAACUGAGAAAUGGGGGGAUCCACCAUAGACCUGCCCGGCAGCGCACGGCUUCUCCCUCUGCCUCACUGCAGGUCCCUCCGGCUGGCCGGGAGAAUGGGAAGCAUCGUUUUGCUCACCGGGGCACCUGGAGCUCCUGCCACCCGGCAUCACCUGAGGACCAGCGGAGCAGUGGCCUUUCUGUGCCCAGCAAAGCCAUGUGGGCCAUUCGGAGCUACCUGACUGCAAAUAACAACCAGAAUUUCUUGUACACUGCAAGGCCUUUUUUGAAGAGAGCUGCUUUGGUGAUAAGCUAUGUGAUUCUUGUGUUGUAUUUCCGCCUCUGGAUAAUGGGAGGAUCCAUGCCAAUGUUUUCGGAGCAGGACAAUCCAGCUUCAUUCUCACCGUAUUUACUGACGAGGUUUCUAACUUAUUCCUACCUUCUGGCCUUCAAUGCGUGGCUCCUGCUGGCACCAAUCACCCUGUGCUACGACUGGCAGGUCGGCAGCAUCCCUUUGAUUGAGUCCAUCUGGGAUGCGAGGAACUUAGCCACAGUGUUCCUGGUGCUGGUGAUGACCUUACUCAGCCUACACUGCGUAGCUGCAUUCAAG